UGCAAGCACGCUCCUCAAACGCAACGUCUUGUGGGAACUGUAGGCGGUGACUUGACAGUCUCCAGUCCAGCAUGGAGGUCGUUACAGAAAACCCACAUGGCUGUAGAAAUAACUCGGACACAGAGGAAGACAAGGACUCAGAUACAGAUUUCGGACCUUCAAAACUCGGAACGAAAGAAUAUUGGGAAGAUGCAUACCAAAAAGAACUUGAGACGUUCAAAGACAUUGGGGAUGUCGGUGAGAUAUGGUUUGGUGAGGAAAGCAUGAGCCGUGUGCUGCGAUGGAUGGACAAAGCUAAGAUCCCUGAAAGUGCUGCCAUUCUUGACAUUGGCACUGGAAAUGGAGCCUUUUUAGUUGAACUGGCCAAACACGGAUACAGGAAUCUGACUGGUAUAGAUUAUUCCCCAGCGUCUGUAGAAUUAUGCAAAAAUGUUCUCCAGGCGGAGGACUUGAUGGAUAUCACUGUAAAGGAGAUGGAUUUUUUAAACUGUCAAGGGGAGUUAAAGGAUUUUGAUGUCUGUAUCGACAAAGGAACUUUCGAUGCAAUAAGUUUAAACCCAGAUGACAGCAAGGAGGGCAAAAAACUCUAUGUCCAAGCUUUAAAAGGUGUUCUUAAGGAUAAAGGAUUCUUCUCUGUUACUUCCUGUAACUGGACAAAAGAGCAGCUGCUAGACAGAUUUAAUGAAGGAUUUGAGUUUGUACAGGAGUUGCCAACACCAAAUUUCCAAUUUGGAGGCAAGACGGGCAACACUGUGACAGCACUCAUCUUCAAGCGAAUACAUUGAUUCACAUGACCACAAAGGAUAUUUGUAUUUUGUUUUGUACAAGACUUAAUUAGGUUUUAUUCAUUUUUAAAAAUUAUACAGUGUAACUGAACAGGGCAGGUCUCUUGAAAUAAAUAAGUCACUUUUUGUUUUUUAUUGA